UCUAUAUUGUUCCUUCACAUAUCCUUACCAGUACACGUGCGUCACGUGACUUUACGUCAUAGGUCAAAGAUACCAAGGACGAAACAUGGCGGCGUCGUCUAAGAAAGUUUUUGAGAUUUUCGUGUCUAGAAUACCAUGGACGGUGGCCAACAAGGAGAUGAAGGAGUACUUUGGACAGUUUGGUCAAAUGAAGAAGUGUCUUCUACCAUUUGAUAAAGAAACGGGCUUCCACAAAGGCUUCUGCUGGAUUGGAUUCACAACAGAGGAAGGAAUGAACAAUGCACUUCAGAAAGAGCCACAUGUGCUGGAGGGAGCUAAGCUCCUGGUUCAGCGGAACAGACGUCUGUUUUCAGGACCAAAGCUGAACAGAGACAGUGAAUAUGACUGAAGCUGUGUGAUACUGCUGUGUGGAUGAGAUUAUAAAUAUGUACUAUUAUUGUUCUCAGGUCCAGAUUCACUUAAACUACUUUUUUUGGGGUUUUUUUUUAUGAUGUUUGACAUUUUUGCAAGUCUGUAGAAAGCUUAGGCCAAUAUAGGACACCUUGUGUAUGUGUUUUCAUUGUAAAAUCUGUUUUGUACACCUUCACUGAAUUUGGGCCUGAGUGUUAUUGUCAUUGUUUCAAUGGGUUGUCUAAUAGUAAUGUCUUUAAUUGUUGUCAGACAUGAUGUUGUACUUCCUGUAAUCAUCCUGUCACACACCAUCAACAGUAUAUAGCAGGCUUAUGCUGGCAAUAAAAACAAUGUUCACUUCCA